AUGGCUACAGAACAAGAAAUCAAGGAGCAAAUCUCGCAGCAGCUCUCACGAACUCCCUUUGCUUGCACUUCCCUCACCCGUCUAUCGGGCGGCACGGCUAAUUUCGUGUACCGAGGCACUGUCUCGCCCACCGAAUCUAUCAUCAUCAAGAAUACCAGAGAUCAUUCAGCUUCAAAUCCAAACUUCAAAAUCGUGGUUGAUCGAUGCUACUUUGAAGAAGCCAUUCUCCAAGCUCUACAUGAGUUGCCGCCUUACAUCAAAGACAAUAUCACUGUCAAAACACCCCGGCUGUUGAACUUCGACAAAAAGACUAAUACUCAGAUUCUGGAAGAUCUUCCUGAUUCAGUAGAUCUGAAGAACUUCCUCAUCUCUGGUGUGUCUGUUGGCAUCACAGAUUCUACGGCGCGAACACUCGGUCGUGCAUUGGGAUCAUGGCUUCGCGCGUUCCACGCUUGGGGAAUCCACAAUGACCAGCGGAAGACUAAGACAACUGUUGCUGGUAAUAUAGCUAUGAGAGAUUUGAAGUUCUACAUAAAUUACACUAUGCUCAUUGACACUAUUCCCAAUUUCUCGGAAAUUCUGGGAGAGAGUCGUGAAAUCUUCGAAAACGUUCGUGAUAUGGCGGCUGCCGAGCUGGAGAAUAUGGAUGAAAGUGAUGAUUACGGAAUUAUUCAUGGCGACUUUUGGACUGGGAAUGUUCUUCUACCAAAGGCCCCUCUCGCCAAAGAAGCUAAAAUAAAAGUCUUUAUUGUUGAUUGGGAGUUGGUGCAUGUCGGACGACGAGCUUUGGAUUUGGCGCAGAUGAUUGCUGAGCUUUACGAAACCAAGCUCUUCAAGAAUGUGGAUGCUGGUGUGUGGGUUAUUGAAGGCUUCUUGGCUGGAUAUGGACCUCUCAGUGAUGAUACAGCGCUCAGAACUGCUAUCCACGUUGGGGUGCAUCUUGUCUGUUGGGGAAGCAGGGUGUCUGGAUGGGGUACCCCUGAGCAAAUUGAGGAAGUUGUCCAGGUUGGUAGGGAUCUCAUUAUUCAUGGAUGGAAGCAAGACCGCGCUUGGUUUGAGGCUGGCAGCUUGGGUUGUUUGUUCAAAUGA